GUUGACUGUCAUGGCCACCUAAGCAAGUCGACAUUUGGCCCGGUUACGUACGGCGUCGAAAUCUUUAGAGAUAUAUAGCAUUAUAUCGUGUACUUGAGCAAAACAUAGUGGUUUUAACGACGCAUUUAUUUGGUUUGGAUCGUUCAUCAUGGCAGGGAGUAGCACGGCUCAGAAAACGUGGGAGCUAACCAACAGCAUGCAGGAAGUUCAGAGCAUAGAUGAAAUUUACAAAUAUGACAAAAAGCAACAACAAGAAAUCCUCGCUGCGAAGCCAUGGACAAAGGAUCAUCACUAUUUCAAGUACUGCAAGAUCUCAGCCUUGGCCCUGUUGAAGAUGGUGAUGCAUGCCAGGUCUGGAGGAAACCUGGAGGUGAUGGGCCUCAUGCUGGGGAAGGUGGAUGGUGAAACCAUGAUCAUUAUGGACAGCUUUGCCUUGCCCGUAGAGGGCACAGAAACUCGAGUCAACGCUCAGGCUGCAGCAUAUGAAUACAUGGCUGCCUACAUUGAAAAUGCCAAACAGGUUGGCCGGCUGGAGAAUGCUAUCGGCUGGUAUCACAGUCACCCGGGCUACGGAUGCUGGCUCUCAGGCAUAGAUGUCAGCACUCAGAUGCUCAACCAGCAGUUUCAGGAGCCUUUUGUGGCCGUGGUGAUUGACCCCACUCGGACUAUUUCUGCAGGGAAAGUCAACCUUGGCGCCUUCAGGACCUACCCAAAGGGUUACAAACCUCCGGAUGAAGGACCCUCAGAAUACCAGACAAUCCCCUUGAACAAGAUUGAAGACUUUGGUGUUCACUGUAAACAGUAUUACGCCUUAGAGGUCACAUACUUCAAGUCUUCCCUUGAUAGAAAGCUUCUGGAACUCCUUUGGAAUAAAUACUGGGUCAACACCUUAAGUUCCUCAAGUCUCCUCACGAACUCGGACUACACCACAGGCCAGGUGUUUGACCUGUCAGAGAAGCUGGAGCAGUCGGAGGCCCAGCUGGGCAGAGGCAGCUUCAUGCUUGGGUUGGACACACAUGACAGGAAGUCUGAGGACAAACUGGCCAAAGCAACACGAGAUAGCUGCAAGACAACCAUAGAGGCAAUUCACGGCCUGAUGUCUCAAGUCAUUAAGGACAAACUCUUCAAUCAAAUCAACACAUCUGCCAAUUAAAACCUGGACUACGAGCUGAUUUGGAUUUCCUUGUGCAUGUCUAGCACUUACUGGUUUAUGGUUUAUGUUUAACUGCUAAAGGUGGCACUUUCUGUGUUUUUCUCUUGGGAGUGCUUUUUUAUUCAAUUUCUUCCUUUGUCCUAGAAGUAGCUCAUGAUUAUACAGUCAGGACCCAUGCAAAAAAAUAAAAACAUAAAAAGUGCAAGA